UCUUCUGCAACUAAAAAAAAGAAUCAAUUUAUGCCAUUUUAAAAAAAAUAUCAAAAUAGGCUUUGUAUUUUGAUGUUUUUUUUUAUAUGGAAUAUAUUGAUUUUUUUUUUAUUUUUUUUUUAGUUGCAGGGCAUAUUUUGAUGGGUGAUUCCACUGAGAUGUUAUGGAAGCAGCGCCAAAUUUUCAAGUCAAUUGUCAGAAAUACCCCUCUAUUUCAUCUCAUACCCCCUUAUUGUCAAAGAAGUUUGCUAAGUUUUGGACCAAUUCAAAGUUCAAAUUUAGGCAAAAAAAUAAGAAUAAUAUAAAAUCCUUCAGACUAUUUUCUUGGAAAUGUUUACUAAACGCGUUGAUCAAGAAAAAAGUGAGUUGACGAAUUGGGAGGAAGAAAUGGUCUACGCAAAAAGAAUUGCAAGACUUUUUUGUAGUCUCCAGUCUUGAUGUCCUACUGCUAAGACUUACAAGUUUGAACAACAGAAUAAACACAUUAUAUUUGUAUGCUAAUUAGUAUUGAAUCUCUCAGUUUCAUUCUCAAAUCUCAAGCUUAGCUUUCUAUCUUCCAAUAACAGAAAGAACAAAAAAAAAAAGUUCAUAUUUUUGAUUUUUGGGUAUUUCAAGAAACAGUUUUCCAGGCCUGUAAUCAUCAGUUGACACAACUUUCAAGUACCCCUUUUGGAUACUGGAAGGAGCAAAAGGGUCAUCAAGAAACAGGAUUUUUUAGGGUCAUCAAGAAACAGUUUUUUUCUUGGGGGUGUAAUCAGCAGUUGAUUACUAUUGUUGAGUACCCUUUUUUGGUGUAAUCAAGAAAGUUUCUGUCUUUUGAUGAAAUUGUGGUUGAUGGGGUUUUGAGAUUAGGAUAGAGUUAUCAACUAUGGCAGCAGUCUUGAAAAGUCUUUUCCAGGUUUCUACCUCAAAAAAGGAGGAUAAUCAGGAGGAGUUUGAUGUAGAAUACUCCUUUGCUGAGGAGUAUUCUGGUCCUCCUGUUAGUUAUGACAUUCCUAAGGUGGUUCCGGUUGAUGUACACCGGAUUCCAACUGCUUCAGUAGUUGCUACUGCUGCUAUUUUGAGUAAAAAUUUGUCAUUACCAGUUAUUGAACCAAUAGUCAAGAGGGAUCCUCAAUCAAUCAAGAAUCAGAAGUUAAAGGAGUCAGAUUUAGACUCUGUAGUAACUUCUGUUUGUGUUGAUAAUGAAGAUUCCACCUUAGAAUCAGAAUAUGUUGAGAAUGAUCAUGGCUGCUAUAGAGCAUCAGAUGGAAUUGAAAGUUCUGGUACGUUAGGAUUUUCUGACAGUCAUGAUAACUCCCGUGAACUGUCAGGAAGUUCGGAUGUUGAGGACCUGGUAGAUGAAUGCAAGGAAGAAGUAAGAUUUGUGAGUGAAUCGAACCCUGUUGGCUUAGACUAUGAGGAACCAAUUUUGAGCUCUCCAGAUCUUUCCUGCGAAGUAUUGUCCUGUGAAGAGGUGGAAGACUAUGCUGAUGAAGUUGCUGUCAACCAAGGUAACAGAACAGCAGUUGUUACUUUCGGUGAAAUUCAAUCAAGUGAUGUUUCUACCGACAGUGAUGAAGAGGAGCCAGGAAUGUUUCCCGAAAAACCAAUUGUGAGCAGUGAUUCCAAGAAGUGUUUUCGGUGUCAUAGAGGGAAACGAUUCACUGAGAGGGAAGUAUGCAUAGUUUGUGGUGCAAAGUAUUGUAUCAAUUGUGUGUUGAGAGCAAUGGGGGCAAUGCCAGAAGGAAGAAAAUGUAUUACUUGCAUUGGUUACCGUAUUAUUGAAUCAAAACGAGAUUCUUUAGGUAAGUGUUCUGCAAUGCUUAAAAGGCUGCUAAGUAAAUGGCAAAUGAAUGAGAUUAUGGAAUUGGAGAAGUCAUGUCAAGCUAAUCAGCUUCCACCCCAUCUCGUGAGCGUGAAUGGUAGAUGUCUUUCCCUUAGAGAGUUGGUCGACUUGCUAAGCUGUGCAUAUCCACCAAAGAAGUUGAGACCAGGGAAGUACUGGUAUGACAAAGUGGCUGGAUUCUGGGGAAAGGAGGGACAUAAGCCUUGUCAGAUAAUUUCUCCCCAACUAGCUGUUGGUGAUACAAUUAAGAGAGAUGCUAGCAAGGGGAACACAAAUAUUCUGAUAAACGGCCGGGAAAUUACACAAGCAGAGCUGUAUAUGUUGAAGCUGGCAGGAAUAAACUGUGAAGGAAACGUUUGCUUUUGGCUCAGUGCUGACGGAUCCUGCCAGGAAGAGGGUAUGAACAAUGUGGUUGGAAAAAUAUGGGACAAGACUACACACAAGCUGUUUUGCGCUGCUUUGAGAUUGCCUAUUCCUCCCGUGUCUGCAAAUUCUUCCGAUGAAGAAGUUGGAAGUGGAUUGGGUGCAGGUGACUCACGCAGCACAGAUAGCAAAAAACUGAAUAAACUACUUCUUGCUGGUUGUGAUCAAUCGGGAACAAGUACUCUGUUCAAACAGGCCAAAAUUGUAUAUCGCGUUCCUUUCUCAGAAGAAGAGCAUCAGAACAUUACAUACACGAUCCAAAGAAAUUUGUACAGAUAUAUUGCCAUACUCCUCGAAGGACGUGAAAAAUUUGAAGAGGAGUACCAUGUUGAAAUGAGGAAAAAAUGGCUUGACGAACCUGGCCCUUCAGUGCUUCCAGACCUGAUUGAAGAAGAGAAUAUCUAUUCCAUCAGCCCCAGACUGAAAAACUUUUCGGAUUGGCUUCUUCAAGCUAUGAUGUUAGGAAAUCUGGAGGUCAUUUUUCCUGCUGCCACUCGGGAGUACGCAGCCGUAGUUGAGGAGUUGUGGAAGCAUAAAGCAUUUCAGGCAACGUAUCAGCGGAGAAAUGAGCUACAAAUGCUUCCAAGAGUUGCCAAUUAUUUCUUAGAUCAUGCUGUCGAGAUUUCAAAGGCAGACUACAACCCUUCUGAUAUGGAUAAGUUAUAUGCGGAGGGCAUUACUUCAUCCAAUGGGGUAGCAUGCAUGGACUUUUCGUUCCCUAAUCCAACUCAGGAUAGUUACAUGGAGGCAGUUGAUCAGUAUUCAUCCUCAAUGAGGUACCAACUAAUAAGAGUACACGCGAGCUGCGUAGGGAAAAACUGCAAGUGGUUGGAGAUGUUUGAAGAUGUUGACCUCGUUAUCUUUUGUGUUUCAUUGACGGAGUACACCGAGUAUAUGGAGGACUACAAUGGAAUUUGCACAAACAAGAUGAUGGAAAGCAAGAAGCUCUUUGAGAAUAUCAUCAGUCAUCCAUCUUUUGCCCAGAAACAUUGCCUCUUACUAUUGAACAAGUUUGACAUACUAGAGGAAAUAAUUGAACAGGCUCCCCUUUCUGAAUGUGAAUGGUUUCAGGACUUCAAUCCAGUGAUCAGUCGUCAUCCCAACAGCAACACCAGCAACAACAACCCGUCGUUGGCUCAACGUGCUUAUCAUUACAUAGCUGUGCAGUUUAAACGCCUAUAUUAUUCCAUAACACAGCAGAAGCUGUAUGUUUCACAGCUAACUGCUUUAGAGCCUGAUAGUGUUGAUGGAGCUCUUAAAUACACUAGGGAAAUUCUUAAGUGGGAUGAAGAAAAGCAUAAAAUAAUGCGUGAUUGGAUGACAGAGGAUGCUGAGGCUAGCACAACUCUGGAGGCCAGCAUAACAACAUAGUUAUCAUUCUUUUGUUGAGUACACUUUGCCUUUUGGCUGUACAUAGUUUUAGAGUAGUACACUUUACUCGUGCACCUAGUUAAUAAAAAAUAUAAUUUUUUUUCUUCUGCAACAAAGAUGAGGUUCUCUUCUGCAAUUUGCAGAUACUAUCUUGUAAAAGGGCAUUUGUCAUUCAAUGAUAUAAAUUUUUUUUAGGUUCUAUGUA